AAUUCAAUAUUACAUAUGUGGCAUAACACGAUAACUGAUUGAUAAAAAGAUACUGCAGUGUUAUCAUAGAAAAUGUCUUCCAUAUUUCGAACGAAUGCAUUUAAUUAAUCGAUUAUAAUGCGACAAAUAAUAAUGUUGCAUAAAUUCGCUUUACGCAGCUAUUCGAUUAUUUUUCGUCCUAACCUAUUAAAAAUUUUCAAGUGUGUAAAUUCAAGUCACAGCAUGGCAACAGAUACGAAAUUUUUGUCAGAGGCCAAAUCUGAUUUGAACGAUAUCUUUCGUUCUGCUGUGAAAGCGGUAUCAUCGAACGAGAUUAUCAAGAAGAAAGUGAAACUCCGAAAUAAUACUUUAUACAUUGAUGAGAAGAGCUUUUUGCUGCGACAGAAUGUCUAUCUGGUUGGAUUUGGCAAAGCAGUUAUGGGAAUGGCGAUAGAGCUCGAGAAAAUACUCGGUAAUGUCUUAAAGAAAGGUAUCGUCAGCAUUCCAAGUAUAUCAAAGGAUGUGAUCUGGACGUCCGAAGACAAAUCUGGCUUUCCCAAGUUACAUGAUAGUGUGAUAGAUUAUCGCGUAGGUGCUAUCAAUAAUCAACCUGACAGCAGAUCAUUAGACACUACGCACAAUAUUAUAGACCUGGUUGAAAAAUUGACAGAAGCAGACACUCUAAUAGUAUUGGUAUCAGGUGGAGGUUCUGCUUUGCUGUAUAUGCCGAGGCCUGUUCUUGAUCAGGAAGACAAGUUGGAGCUGUGUAAGAAGCUGCAAAAUGCAGGUGCUGAUAUUAAAGAGCUUAAUACGGAGAAAAAGUUGUCUUUGGUAAAAGGUGGUGGUUUAGCACGAAUGGCUUAUCCUGCAUCUGUUAUUACAUUGAUAUUAUCCGAUAUUGUUGGUGAUCCUGUAGACUUAAUUGCUAGUGGUCCUACUGUUUAUAGCACAAAAGUGCCUGACGAUGUUAUUACUAUAUUAAAAAAAUAUAACUUAUAUCAAUCGCUAGAAGGUAAUCUGAAGACAGUUAUAACAUCCAAGGAAACAUUUAAUGACAAACCACUGUUGAGUCCAGCUAAACAAUUUAAGCAUGUGACAAAUAUAAUUUUAGGAAACAAUGCAAUGGCUCUUGAGACUGCAAGUUUUGAAGCAUCACGCAAAAAAUUGUGUCCUAUAAUAUUAAGAAAUGACAUUACAGGAAAUGUACAGGAUGUUAGUUUAGCAUAUGUUGAUAUCACAAACUUAAUAUGUCUUGCUUUGUUAAAAGAGUUAAAGAAAGAAGAAUUUUAUGACAGAAUACGGACCAUGCCAAUACUUUCAUUAUCUACUGAUAAGAUAGAUGAAAUCUUUCAUAAAAUCACUAGCAAUUUUAGUGGUAUAGUUUUAAUUGGAGGUGGAGAACCUACAGUUGUAGUAACUGGUCAAGGAAAAGGCGGUAGAAAUCAAGAGUUAGCUUUACGUUUCUCAUUAGAUUGGUUAGCAAAAAUCAAAAGUGAUCCGAGACUCAUUGAAUAUGAUGUAAUAAUGCUUAGCGCAGGUACUGAUGGUCAAGAUGGUCCUACUGAUGCAGCAGGUGCAUUUGGUUACGCUUCCAUUGCUCCUUUAAUGCAUAAUAUGUAUGCAAAGAUUAAGUCUAUGGCUACUAAAAGAGUUAUGCAAACUUUACCUGAACAGGAAAUAAAAGAUAUAUCAGAUAAAAAAUCUAGUAACACAACAAAAGAGUCUAUUUCUACUCAAGAACAUAUUGAUCGCUUGGUAUUAACAACAAUGGAAAUGGAACGCAUGUUACCUGAAAAUAUUUUAAAAGAAAAUGAUACAUAUAAUUUUUAUUCGCGUUUUAAAAAGGGUGCAGACUUAAUCAAGACAGGAAUCACUGGGACAAAUGUUAUGGAUUUACAUUUUAUUUAUAUUAAACAACGUUCGUGUAGAUGUGAAAUUGAUUUCUCUGAUAAAUCAACAUGUGAAGAAGAUAUUUUAGACAUACAUGAUUUACAUAUUGACAUAUCGACUAUCGAAAAGUACAAGGCUAUAUAUGCUCCAUUAAAAUUGGACAGAGAUACACUUUUACAGCCUCCGUUUUUAACUACCAAAGAAAAAGAGCCAUCUCUUAAUAUAAAGAUCAUUGGAAAUUUUAAAGAUCCAUGUUGCAAUUAAAUACAUAAACUUGAUUAAGCUAACAAAUUUAUAAAGAAGAAACAUUUUAUAUUAUAUUAUUUCAUCUGUUAACUGUAUUGCAUAUAAAAUAACUUGCAUGUUCAACAAUAUCUUUCUGGAAAGAAUAAAUGUACAUUUUGAUGUAAAUGCAGAAAUUUUUUAACUAUACAUAGGAUACUUCAAUUAUAUUUGUACGCAUCACAAAGGCACUGCUUAAAAAUAAAUCUUUUAAAUUAUAA